AAUUAAUUAAUGUGGGAAUAGGUGAAUGGAUUACAGGUCUAAGAAUAAUGAGUAAUUAACUCGAAAUGAAACAAAUGUCCAUAAAAUUCUGAGAAAAUAGGAGGGAUCAUCAUAUCAUAUUUUCAUAACUUACACAGUAACUAAGUAGACGACUAGUAGCCUUUCAAAAAAAAAAAAAGUAGACGACUAGUACAGAGUACAGAAUAAGACGAGAGGGAAAUGCAUUUGAGCGAGAAUGAAGGGAUCGAAGGGAAGACGAUGGUCGUCACCGGCGGUUUAGGGUUCGUCGGCGCAGCUCUCUGUCUCGAACUUCUCCUACGAGGUGCUCGCCAUGUUCGAUCUCUUGACAUCCGCUCAGAUUCUCCGUGGUUUUCUCAAUUGUCUCUUCACCCUAACUUUGUCUCCAUCACCGGGGACAUUACGUGUCAAAAGGAUGUCAAGAAGGCUCUAAAAGGGGCAGAUUGUGUUUUCCAUGUUGCUUCCUAUGGCAUGUCAGGAAAAGAAAUGCUUCAAUUUGGUCGCAUUGACGAGGUUAAUAUAAAUGGGACCUGCCUCAUACUGGAUACAUGCAUGGAUUUUGGCAUCAAGAGGCUUGUCUAUGUGAGUACCUGCAAUGUUGUUUUUGGAGGAAAAGAGAUCAUUAAUGGCAAUGAAACUCAACCUUAUCUUCCUCUAGAUGACCAUGUUGAUCCUUAUGGACGCAGUAAAUCCAUUGCUGAACAGCUGGUCCUGAAGUACAAUGGCCGCCCUUUCAGGGAGAAAAACAAUGAACAUCUUUACACCUGUGCUAUUCGUCCUGCUGCUAUCUAUGGACCUGGUGAAGACAGACACUUCCCAAGGAUAGUGAAUAAUGCAAAGUUAGGUAUUCUGCUAUUUAAAGUUGGUGAUCCAACUAUUAAAUCAGACUGGGUUUAUGUGGAUAAUCUUGUAUUGGCUCUUCUAUUGGCAAGUAUGGGGCUUUUAGAUGAUAUUCCUGGGAGAGAGGGAUGCCCAGUAGCAGCUGGACAGUCAUACUUCAUCUCUGAUGGGUGUCCAGUCAAUAUUUUUGAGUUCAUCCGUCCUCUCUUGAGGAGCCUGGAUUAUGAUCUACCAAAGGCCUCAUUGACUGUACCCUCAGCUCUUGUGCUUGGAAAUAUAUUUUGGUUUCUCUACACUGUUCUAUACCCAUGGCUUAAUAAAUCAUGGAUUCCACAACCAUUGAUUCUUCCUGCUGAAGUAUACAAGGUUGGUGUUACACAUUAUUUCUCGUCGCUAAAAGCUAAGGAGGAGUUGGGUUACUUUCCGAUGGUGAGCCCAAAGGAAGGCAUGUUGAAGUUUGCAUAUCCAUCAUCAUCAAAACUUCUUAAGGUUCAACAAUUCCCCCUUUUUGAUGAUGACAAACUUAGCAAACUUCGAGCAAGAAAGCAAAUAGAAUAG